AUGGACUCGACUAAAAGGCCGCAAGGCUCCCAGCGACUGCCGCCUCCGUCUCUGUUCCAGGGACCGCCAUCACAUAAUGCUUCGAAUCUUUCCUUGUCUGUGCCGCCUGCUGGGACUCCUCUCCCACCGGGCAACCAGCCUCCACUCCUUCCCCGCAGGACUUCUUACCGCGACAAGGAUCAAAGCUCCUCAGAUCGUCGCGGUUCAUUCUCCCCCUUUGCCUCAAAGCGUCUUUCCAACCUGGACGCAGAUGGCUCUGAUGCCAUCUGGCAGGAGAUGCAAAGCGCUCUAUCCGAGGUUGAGUUAAGCGCUGUUGCAAGUCAGAAUGUUUUUGGUGAGAAGCACGCCCAAGCGCUGGAAGACCUCCGCACGAAACAACUGAAACUCGCACAAGCAUGGGCUCGCAGCGAUGCAGAAGAUAUACCUGUGGACAUGGAACCAGUUACUGCCGACAAGGCCAGCUCUGCAAAGGGAUCCAAGCCUUCUGAGUCGCGCGAAGGCAACUUUACCGAGGGACGGGCCAAGAACCAACCGACAAUGCGCGAGCGCGGUCCUCAUAGGAAUCUCAACGAGGAAACAGAAAAAGAUAUCAUUCUUGCCAGAAAGCGCCGCGAGGCUAAUGACCGCUUUUUCAAUCAAGUCAAUCAGGGCGUCCUCGAUGUCGUUGCUAAAUUGGAAGAAGUCUCCCAGGCGAUUCGUGCUGUGGAGAAAGAAAGUAAAGACAUAUGGAGUGAUUCAGACAGCGUUACAACAGCCGGACCGUCAUCGGCCAUAUCUGGCUGA